AUUGGAAGGAGAGAACGAGGAGAAAAAAUCGCCGGAGCGGGGAAGGAAAUCGCCGCAGCGGACGAUAAUCACUGGGCUUGAAGAAAGUAAUUCGUAUAGAGCAAUAAGAACAAGAGAAUGGAUGCUCAAGCUAGGAACAAAGCCUUGUUUCGAGCUAAAUUAAAUGCCCAGAAGAAGGAAAAGCGCAUUGACUCCCCUCUUGUCAGGUAUAAUGAAUUUGAUCAACCAGUAUGUCGAAUCUGUGAUGUUGUUUUGAAAUCUGAAUCCAAUUGGGAUGCACACCAAGCUUCUCGUAAACAUCGCGAGGCAAUUGAUAAGUUAAAAGCUACUGCAGCUGGACGGACACAAACAAUCAGUGUUAGAUCUGAGCCUGAUGUUGUGUCGCCUAAACCUGUUGAAAGUGCCAUGGUGCAAAAUGUGAAAAAUGACCCUUUAACAAAAUCUUCCAAAGCUCACUCAUCUAGGCAGUCUCUGGAUAUUUUCGAUAGUCAAGGGACAGAGGGGCAGAAAAUUGAAACAUCACAUGCAGAGAUGGAGAAUGACAUGGGUGGAUUGACUGGUAGUGGUGUUACACAGAAGAAAAAGAUUCAUUCUAAACAGCAUGUGCAGAGAUCAACUCCAGUUGCUGUUACUGAAAUGGAGAGCGUAAAGAAAGGUCUCCCUGAAGGCUUCUUUGAUAAGGGUGAAGCGCACUUGCCUGCUAAUGACACCAAGCCUGCCAGAGGGCUUGCACAGGCAUCACAGCCAGCUGCUCCUCCAGAAACCAAGCAAGCAAAGGGAGCUCCUCCUGAAGGAUUCUUUGAUAACAAGGAAGCUGAUUUACGUGCUCGUGGCAUUAAGCCUGUUAAGAUAGAUGUGAAAGAUGAGUAUAAGGAAUUUGAAAAGUUGAUCCAAGAGGACUUGCAAGAGGUGGAUGCCCGCAUGGAAGAAGAAGAGAUUGAUGCUGCUGAAAUGAUAGAAGAGGCCGAAUCAUUGGAGCAAAAGGCUUACGGGGAGAGGGUGGAAAGGUUGAGGAAGAGGAAACUUGAAUUUGAGGCUGCUAGGUUGGCCAAACAAGCUAAGGUUCAUUGCAAGGAUUCUUCAGAUGAAGAGUCAUCCAGCGAUAGUGACACUGAGGGGAAUUUUGCAGUUGAUUGGAGAGCUCAACAUCUGUGAGUACAUAAAAACUUGGUGUGGAUGGUCAUAUGGUUACCUUGUUCAAGGGUCAAAGGUAGGAAAAUGAGCAUGUAGAAAAACACGCCAUGGGGCCGGCGCCCUUGAAUGCAGCGUUAGCCCUCUGCAGCUGACAAUCUUGAUUUUGUAAUCUGAGAUAGAGUACUGCAAAAUGGAAUUGUUAUAUAAAACACCAAUGCAAUCUUUUAAAAGUUAUGUGUAACUAAUAUUUUUUUUU